AUGGAAACACUGGAGUCGGAACUGACCUGCCCUAUCUGUCUGGAGCUGUUUGAAGACCCGCUGCUGCUGCCUUGCGCUCACAGCCUCUGCUUCAACUGCGCACACCGCAUCCUGGUCUCCCACUGCGCCACCAACGAGCCGGUGGAGUCUAUCACCGCCUUCCAGUGCCCGACCUGCCGCUAUGUCAUCACCCUCAGCCAGCGUGGUCUAGACGGGCUCAAGCGCAACGUCACCCUGCAAAACAUCAUCGACAGGUUUCAGAAAGCCUCAGUCAGCGGGCCCAAUUCCCCCAGCGAGACCCGCCGGGAGCGGGCAUUUGAUAGCAACAGCAUGUCGUCCUGCGAGAAGGUCCUCUGCCAGUUCUGCGACCAGGACCCUGCCCAGGAGGCGGUGAAAACCUGUGUUACCUGCGAGGUAUCCUACUGCGAAGAGUGCCUGAAAGCCACUCACCCUAACAAGAAGCCGUUCACCGGCCACCGUCUCAUCGAGCCCAUCCCGGACUCUCACAUCAGGGGAUUAAUGUGCUUGGAGCACGAGGACGAGAAAGUUAACAUGUACUGCGUGACGGACGACCAGUUAAUCUGUGCCUUGUGUAAACUGGUCGGGCGACACCGUGACCAUCAGGUGGCAGCUUUAAGUGAGCGCUAUGACAAGCUAAAGCAAAAUUUGGAGAGUAACCUCACCAACCUUAUUAAGAGGAAUACUGAACUGGAAACUCUUUUGGCAAAACUCAUUCAGACCUGUCAACAUGUAGAAGUAAAUGCAUCCCGCCAAGAAACCAAGCUGAUGGAAGAAUGUGACCAGCUUAUUGAAAUAAUCCAGCAAAGACGACAAAUAAUUGGAACUAAAAUCAAGGAAGGAAAGGUGGUGAGGUUGAGAAAACUGGCUCAGCAAAUUGCAAACUGCAAACAGUGCAUUGAGCGCUCGACAUCCCUCAUCUCUCAGGCUGAACAGUCGCUGAAAGAGAAUGAUCACGCUCGCUUCCUGCAAACUGCUAAAAAUAUCACUGAAAGGGUUUCCAUGGCAACUGCAUCCUCCCAGGUCCUAAUUCCUGAAAUUAAUCUCAACGAUACUUUCGAUACUUUCGCACUUGAUUUUACCAGGGAGAAGAAAUUGUUGGAAUGCCUUGAUUACCUUACAGCUCCCAACCCACCCACCAUUCGAGAAGAGCUCUGUACAGCUUCUUAUGAUACCAUCACUGUCCACUGGACGUCAGAUGAUGAGUUCAGUGUGGUCUCUUAUGAGCUGCAGUACACCAUCUUCACCGGACAAGCUAAUGUUGUUAGUUUAUGCAACUCAGCCGACAGCUGGAUGAUUGUUCCCAAUAUUAAACAAAACCACUACACGGUGCACGGGUUACAGAGUGGCACUAAGUACAUCUUCAUUGUUAAGGCCAUUAAUCAGGCGGGCAGCAGAAGCAGUGAGCCUGGCAAGCUCAAGACAAACAGUCAGCCAUUUAAAUUGGAUCCCAAAUCUGCUCACAGAAAAUUGAAAGUGUCUCAUGAUAACUUGACAGUGGAACGUGAUGAAACAUCCUCCAAGAAGAGUCACACACCAGAGCGAUUCACGAGCCAAGGGAGUUACGGAGUAGCUGGCAACGUCUUCAUUGACAGUGGGCGGCAUUACUGGGAAGUGGUUAUAAGCGGGAGUACGUGGUAUGCCAUUGGUAUUUCUUACAAGUCAGCACCAAAGCAUGAGUGGAUCGGGAAGAAUUCUGCCUCCUGGGUGCUUUGCCGCUGCAAUAACACGUGGGUGGUGCGGCACAACAGCAAAGAAAUCCCCAUCGAGCCCGCGCCUCACCUCCGGCGGGUUGGGAUUUUGCUGGACUAUGACAACGGUUCCCUUGCUUUUUAUGAUGCUUUGAACUCCCUACACCUUUACACUUUUGACAUUACAUUUGGGCAGCCGGUGUGCCCCACGUUCACUGUGUGGAAUAAGUGUUUGACCAUUAUAACUGGCUUGCCUAUCCCUGACCACCUAGACUCCUCCGAGCAGCUCGCAUGACUGCUAAAAGCCAAAAGGUAGGACAACGUGUCUUCCCAGGGUGGCCA